AGGUAAUGUAGUUUACUGAUUUGUAUAAUAAAUAAUGAAUAGUUCCGCUCAGGUUUCCCAACUCUCAAAUAUCCAGCAGUCCCAGCUUUUGCCUCACAGUAACAAGUAAUACACCCCUCUCGGAGAUCACCAUGGCGAAAACGAACAAAUCCUCGUCUAAAUGGCUAUUAGAACCCGACUAUUUGUUCCUCCCUCUAGCUGGUCUCGGCUUGCUUUGCCAAUGGACUCCACUGUUAGCAACAACGGCGUUUGCCGUAUCGGUAGAGGCGACGAAGGCAGGCGUCUUAGCUAACGGCGGAGUUCUUAAGUUAACUUGGACCGGUAUAGAGCCCAUUGACUUCGUGCUCCGAUACAUCUCAGUGACCUUCGCGGCCUUUCUCGACGUUCACCAUGACCCUACGCCGUUUCUGCUACUCUUCGAUCUGGUCUUCUCUCUCGCCGUCUGGGACACGGUAAUCCUAACGGAGAGCCGACGAGACAAGACGGGACCACUCAGAAAUUCAGCAUUUUGGUCGCUUAUGCGAAACUAUUUUGGUGCAGCCUCAGUUCUCCCCACCUACUUCAGCCUGUACAUUAAGAAGCAGCCUCAAACUGGCCCAAAGCUGCCUCGAAAUGAGGCUCAGGCUAUACCAUUCACUACAAUCUGGAACCUACUUCUCGCCUCCGCUCUGCUGUUCCCCACCUUGUUAGGUGCACAUCCGUUCCGAAUUCAGGACGGCUUGCUCCUCUGGUUCUGGGGCCCGCUUUCCGUCGGCCUCUUCCAGCGUAUAGCCAGUAGCCUCAUCGCCUCCAGCGGACUUUCCUAUAAAGGCUCUACAAACCCCAUUGGCGCUGCCUACAACCUCGUCGGCGCGGUCAGCUCGUUAGCCCACCUCAGUGUUUCUGCGUGGAUCUUCAGCUCCCCUAAUCUAACAUUUAGCGGGACUUACCUACCUAACCCCUGGAGUAUUCAUGAGGGUCCAACUAUCUUCGUUGAUGUUCUCCUGGUUUUCAUCCAAUUCGGCUACACGGCGCUUACCCUAUCUGUACUUGCUCUCGGCUUCUACACGCUAUCUGUCGAGAAAGUUACUACUGCGAAGUCCUCUAGGAGCGUUUCCCUACCUACAUUUCUGGGGAUUGUAGCGGUUGCGGGUCCAGGGGCUGGAUUGGCUUGGUUGUUUAGGGGAGGAGAGAGUGAAAGCGAGGCCACUUCCGCCAAGAACAAGAAUUCCUAAAUCCAAGGAACGCGGAAUCACGCCGAUAAAACGCAGUAGCUUGUGGGGUUGGUAGUUUCGAGAUUAACUCGCGUCAAGUAACUUUUGGGGGGAGGGGGUUGGGACCAGGAUCGAGCUCUGAGGGAUU